CGGGGAUGGAGGGAGUCGGCAUUGGGUCAUCUAUCCGCGAGGGAAACAACAUCGCCCACGGUAGGGACGUGGUCACAGACAUAUGCCUUCUAAAAAAUGGCCUGAUAACCUACCACCAAACAUUCAAAUACUUGUACGGCUUGGACUGGAGAACCGCAUCGGAGCUGAUUGGUAAGCUGAUGAAUUGUUUCUAGUGUGCAAUAGUUUCUAACAGUAUUACGGGAGUACUGCUCUUAAGUUUUGUAGGUUCCACAAGCAGAGGUGUGCUACUCGCAAAUGCAUGACGUUUGUGAACACAACUGCUAUUGCAUACGGGCAAAAAAUUGGCCGGAGCCUCACGAUUUUGGUGGUAUGCAAUGGCAGUUGUGUUCACAAACGUCAUGCGUUUGCGAGUAGUAGCAGGGCAGCAUGCCUAGCUUGUGGAACCUACAAAAUUUAGGCGCUGUACCACCGUAUCCUACAGGCCAUCCCCACAUCGUUUCCAUAAUGAACCACCGUGCAACGAUCCUCCACGACCACCCUGGUUGGAACAGGCAAGAGGAGUUCGACGAGCUAAUUACCUGGACACGGACGGCCGACGACGACGACCUCGCCAAAUUCGCCACCGAUGAGACCGGUUGGAUGUGGGCCAAACGCAAAUUUUUUCUUGUGAUGGGAGGCAAGCCGUAAGAGUUGCGGAAGGGCUUUGUUUUAUUUUUUUGUUUUCUGGUGGGGUUGGUGGGACGCCCGCCGAACGCAAUUUUCUCCUUGUGAUGGGAGGCGGACCACAAGUGUUACGAAAGGGUUUUCUGUUUUCUGAUGGGCGUACUGUAAUAUUAUUAUCUUAAUCAACAGGGUUCUUGGAAUUG